AUGCGUGUCGCACUCUUCGUCCUCGCUUUCGCCGCUGUGUUCGUCCUUGCCAGCCCCAACGCUGACAAGAAGAAGAAGGUCAAGAAGCCCGCCGCCGCCGCUCCCGCCGACGCUGCUCCUCCCGCCGACGCACCACCCGCUGACGAUGCUGCUGCUGCCUAA